AUGACACAGACUGUUCCAUGUCUAACGACCCCUAUAAAAGGGACCCAUGAUUAUUCCCACCACACUGUAAGAAGGAAUAGACAGAACGGAGACAGUAUGUGAUUCAUUCAUGUGCUUUCAAAUACAUUUAAAAUAGUUAACUAUUGUGCAUUUAUGUGUUGAUAAUAUAUACUAGUUGCAUAUUCAAUAGGUAAUCAAUGCAAGACAAUCCCAAGCUGUAUUUGAGUUUAGAUAAAAUAUUUUUGACUAUCAAAUGUAGCUUGUAUUUUACUGGCUUUUUUUCCAGCUUCCAUGGAUCUUAGCAGCAGAACGGUUGUGCAGGUGGUGUUAUUGGCGUUCAUAGCUCAGGUCACUUUCUCUCAGCAUUGGUCAUAUGGGUGGCUACCUGGAGGGAAGAGAAGUGUUGGGGAGCUGGAGGCCACCAUCAGGGCAAGUACUAUUUACCCUAUGUUUACCCGUAUAUAAGUAACUAUGUCUACCUGUACAUACAUGUAAUUGUCCUUUAACUAAAUCUAUUGUGUUUUAAGUAAAAACCUGUGUACAUGUAUAUAUACACUCAUGGGUCAGUUCCCCAUUCACAAAAGUGGAUCGGUCCUACAGACAGUGAGUCACGUGGCCGUGGCUUGCUAUAUAAAGCAGGCAGACAAGCAUCAAGGUAUUCAGUUACUGUUCGAUUAAACGUUAGAAUGGGCAAAACAACUGACCAAAGCGACUUUGAACUUGGUAUGAUCGUCGGUGCCAGGCGUGCCAGAUCCAGUAUCUCAGAAAUGGCCGUCAUUUUUGGUGUGGGAUAUUUGUUCAAGAAGCAGUCUUUUCAAGAGUACAUAUGCAAUGUUUAUUAAGCUCUUUGAGGGUGUUGCAUAUGGAGUAUAUGGGUAAUAACAUUACAUAUUCCUCUUACAUAUUGCUAUCAAGAUGAUGGACACAGGAGGUGUAAUGGCUCUUCCUGAGGAGACAGGUGCCCAUGUCCCAGAGAGACUGAGACCAUAUGACGUAGUAAGUAUUCAUAUUCAUAUAUUAGGUUAGAUAUUGUAUUCAUUGUAUUUCUAAUGGUCAAUUCCUUGUUUCGUCUGAAGAUAUUGAAUUGAUGUCUCCUUGUAAUAUGUUGUAAAAAGAUAUGCCAAAAAGAAAUGUUAAGAUGAGAGUAUUGGCUGACAAAUAGAAAGCUUCCCUGAAGUGAUACUUAUAAAUGUAUGGAUACAAUGUUGCUCAUUUCUGAUACAUCAGUAUAAUAUACUGUAGAUACAGUAUUAUACAACAUAAAGUAGACUUCUGAAGUUGACACUUUGUUUCCCUAGAUAUCGAAGAAACGCAUGCCACAUAAAUAA